UUUCAGCGCCCGACCUUAACAAUUAUCGCUAAACAAGCUCUGCCUUGUAUCGCCCGGACGGCGCAGGGACGGUGGACCCACCGGGCGGUCCGAACGCUUCGUUCCUUCCGUCUUCAGUGGCCGCCGGGCCCGCGCGGGGCAAGCGGACCGCCUGUGGCACGCUGAGCUGCCGGAGACUUCAAUCGCAACUCGCCCGUUUGACUUGUCGAUCCGGAAGAACACUGCCGUUAACGGAUCUCCUUCCUCUUAUUCCCGAAAACCAAACAGAAGAAUUCGUUCAAUCUUCUAGAAGUCAAAUUGUUUCCAUUACAUCAACGCGUCACCACCAUCCUUCAUGCGCCCCGCAUUGCGUCAUUUUCAGCAGUACCUUUUUAAAACAACAGAGGCAAUCUCACUGCGCCUGUCACCAGCGACAUCGACGUCGACAUCGACAGCUUCAUUCAAACCCGUGCUCCGAGUCAACCACCUACAUCACCAAGCCAGAACCUUCACAUCCACCACCACCAUCAUCAUGUCCGCCGCCCCGCUCAAAAUCGGCUUCGUGCCCGAGCACUUCUCCACCCCCAUCCACUUCGCCCAAAAGCACUACGGCCUCUCCGCCGAACUCGUCCCCUUCCCCUCCGGCACCGGGCACAUGAUCACCUCACUCCGCUCCGGCGAGAUCGAUGUAGCCGUCGGCCUGACCGAAGGCUGGGUCGCCGGACUCGGCAAGGACUCCACCCAGGACGCCUCCUUCGGCACCGAUGGCGGCUACCGUCUAGUCGGCACUUACGUCGAAACCCCUUUGUGCUGGGCCAUCUCGACGGGCGCCGACCGGCCCGAGAUCCAAUCGGUCGACUCGCUCAAGGGCGGCAAGAUCGGCGUCUCCAGGAUCGGAUCGGGUAGUUACGUGAUGGGCUACGUGCUGGCUGAUCAGCGCGACUGGCUGGUGCCGACGACGGCGGUGGGCACGGAUGUCGAGACUGCCUCCCCCUUUUCGGAUUUCGUGGUGCUCAACACGUUCAAAAACUUGCGGGACGCGGUCAAUUCUGGGGAGGCGGAUUUCUUCAUGUGGGAGCAUUUCACGAGCAAGAAGUACUACGAUUCGGGCGAGAUCAGGCGCGUGGGCGAGAUUUACACGCCCUGGAGCAGCUGGAAGAUUGUCGCUUCUACCAAGCUGUUUGAUGACCAAAAGAAGCUGGAUGGGCGCGUGGAGGAGGCCAUGGAAAAGAUUAAUGAGGGUAUCAAGCACUUUGAGGAGCACCAGGAUGAGGCGGUCGAGUACAUCAGCACGGAGCUGGAUUACUCGGAGGAGGAUGCGAGGGAGUGGUUGAAGACUGUCAAGUUCCCGAAGAGGGUGCAGGGCGUUGAUGAGGCGGUUAUUGACAAGACUGUGAACAUCUUGAGGAAGGCGGGUGUGUUGAUUGAGGGACGGGGCAUGAAGCCGGAGGAGAUGAUUGCCAAGACUAGGUAAAGGGAUGAUUGAUGGAUGAUGAAUGAUUAGGACAUGAUAGACAAAAUGCGUUGCUUUUCGUGGUAUUCAUAUUCGGGUUCAAGGGGGUGGGCUGCUGCUACGCCGUGUUUUGAGCGUAGUAUUGUUUGGAGUGACUUGAAGUUUUUUCUCAUACUUUGAGCAGCCAUCGAUCAUUAAGUGCCGCCUGGUUGAUCAUGAUAAUCCAAUUGAAUCCUCCUUCGUAUGCUGUCGUCGUUGUUGGCGUGGCAUCUCAGCUUGACCUUAAAGCGGAGCCGCUACCCAUUAGCCCCAUAUAAGCUCUCCUUUCUCACCAAACUUUCAUCUUAUGGGCU